CACACGUUCGGACACUGGCAUGUAUACGUAGACGCUGUGAAGUCCCUGUUUUGCUGCUAGGGUCUUUCUCUUCCUUUACUCAACACUUUUAUAUCCAUACUAAUACAAACGAUAAUGAAAUGGAUCGUUUCACAGUCUCAAAGACUCAGGGCGUGAUGGAGAAAUAUGGGUACCGCAUUUUUUUAGUCGCUUGCAUCCCAAUGGAAUGUAAGGAGCGAUAGGCUGCAUGUCUGGACGCAAAUAAGUACGUGAGUCGCCUCAAGGGUUUCUCCACUUCGUAUACUAUGACGAUAAGCCGCCAGAACAGACCUUAACCUGCUGAACUCCAGAUGCCUCCCCUUCCCCUCGACGAGCGCAUUGUGGUCGUUCAGUGCCCCAAGAGCUCUGCUCUGGACGUGGCCUCCCAGCAAUCCCACAGUGCCUCUGUCAGAAGCAACUCAACAUCUUUUAAACCACAAUCCCAACACCGUCACACCCGUCCACAUAUUUCUUCAUCCUCUCCCUCCUCCUCCACCUCCUCCUCAUCCUCCUCAGAACACAGGCGAAGGUCCCCCCGGCCUCAGAAAGUCAAGGGGGGGAGGGCUGAAGGUGGCCACCGCGCUCAGCACAGUGACGGAGUGCUGGUACUGGGGACUAGACAACGCAAGCCUACGCACACCAUAGAUAUCAAGCUGUCCCUGGCUGCUGGGACCGGGGAAGCGAGCAGUAUCUCCAGGAAGGACAAGGGGGGCAGCGUGAGGCGUAGCGGGAGUCUGAAGGGGAACAAGGAGAAGAAGGUAUCUUUGCAUCUGGACUUAGGGCAGGGUGAAAAAAAAGGGGAAACCAUAGGGAAAACAGGAGGGGCAGUUCAGCAGCUCCAGAACCAUUCCCAGACCAAGAAGAAGCCUCAGCCCAGCACUCACCACCGAAGCCAACUGACUCCUGGAGUGGGAAACAGACUAUACUCCAAGUUUACUAAGGACCUAGAGCAAGACCCAGCUCCUCAGACACACCCUGAGACAGCCAGCUUCUCUUCCCGAAUUCUGCAGGAGGUUCCGUCUGCAGGGAACAAGGAGAACUCCAAACUGGGACCAAUCCACCAAUCUUUCAAUCCCUGUUGCCAGCCCCAGCCACACAAUUCAGUCCCAGUGCCUCAUGCUUCAGUGCUGAACACCCGAUAUUCUGCCCUAGCCCUAGCCUCCCACUCCACAGCCCCACUCCACCACCAGUUCAGCCAGCCUCGUCCAUCCCGGACCAGGGAACGCCCCUCGCCGCACCUCCAUGCAAUCUCCAAAUCAUGUAGCUCUUCCAGGGGAGGUGGUUUCCCCGGCCCGGCCCUGACCUGCUCCCUUGACCCCUCCCAGCCUUUCAGUUGUGGAUGCUGCAAGCUUGUCCGCUCCGGCCCUGGGGGUGGGUGGUCUUCUGGAUGCCAAGGUGGUGGUGGGGUGGUUGGGGGUUGCCGUGGCUCCAGAGUCAUGGGCCUGAAAUCUCUAGGAGGAUGCCUGUCUACCUCAUCUACCACCAACACCUCCUCGUCCAAUAGCACCGUGUCCGAUUGCCACAUUAGGCCCCUGAGGCACCUGGGAUGUGUGUCCUGCUCAGGCAGGGGGGGCAGCUUCCAGAGCUCCACUGCCUUUCGCAAAAAGCUUGUGGGAGGUUGCCUGCCGUGUGCCCCCCUCUCCACGUCUGCCCCGCUCCGGGUCCUACAAAACUGCGUCGGCGGCUGCAACCCAAAAAGCAGUCAGACAGGCAGCUCCACAUGCAGCUACUGUAGCAGUGACCCCAUUGUGGUCAGCUACAACCCCCUGAGGGGGAAGUUCGGCGGGCUGGGUCGGGGCGGAGGGGUGCGCACGGCUGGCUCGUUUUCGGCAGACGACGAUGAUUAUAGCGUGCGCACCAUCUGGCCUGAGGAGCUGGCGAAAAAGAUGACCCGCUCCAAGGACCAACAGAACCACCAUGCUGCUGAGAUGGCUGGUGACCCGUGUGACAGCCAGAAGCAGGACGGGAGCGGCGGGACCAGCCCUGUGGUUCUGGACUGCCGGAAUCUUCUAGAAUUCACCCGCUCUCAUCUGACAGACCAUGCGGGACGUCGCUGUCUGCAGCAAGGGAAGAUGGCAGUCCUGGACUUCAUUGGUUCAAGGGAUUCAAAGGACGUGGGCCGAGAUUCCCUGAAGAGGCUGUGGACCAAAGAAGGAGAGACUGAGAGUGGAUUUGUCCCUGAGAACACUCUGACCCAGCCUCUCCCCCCCUGUCCUCCCACAGCCUGCUCACCGCCCUCCAUCUCUCCUCCACAUUCUGCCCACACCAGCCUCACCAAGUCCGGGCACAGGGAGGGCACACACCCUGCACCUCACACCCUCCCCAUGGCACAGCCUCUCCAGCUGGUCUUGAAAUCACUCAACAGAGAUCAAGAUGAUGAGAACAGGAAAGUGCAUGAAUCCAGCCCCCCCCUUUCACUCCCCCUGUCCUCCUUCCUGCCCGCCUCCCUGUCUGCCGAGGAGAGUGAGAUGACCCCCGACGUGGAGAAUGCGCCCCUCAGCCCCAUACUCCCCUGCCUGUUCCUCGGGAACGAGAGGGACGCCCAGGACCUCGACCUGCUGCUGCAGCUCAACAUCGGCUUUGUGGUGAACGUUACCACCCACCUGCCCCUCUACCACCGGGAUUCGGGCCUGAUCCACUACAAGCGGCUGCCCGCCACAGACAGCAGCAAGCAGAACCUCCGGCAGUAUUUUGAGGAGGUCUUUGAGUUCAUCGAGGAGGCACACCAGAGUGGACGAGCAGUGCUGGUACAUUGCCAAGCAGGGGUCUCUCGCUCGGCCACCGUCGUCAUCGCCUACCUGAUGAAGCACACCCUCAUGACAAUGACAGACGCCUACAAGUACGUGAAGAGCCGGAGGCCGGUGGUCUCGCCCAACCUCAACUUCAUGGGCCAGCUGCUGGAGUUCGAAAGAGAUCUCAACUCGGGCAUCACCCCACGCAUCCUCACGCCCAAACUCAGCGGCCUGGAGACCCAGGUCUGAGGGGGGGUGGGCAAGUGAGUGGGGGAGGGAGAAGAUGGAGGGAUAGGCGCACAGAAGAAGGAGAGGAGGGAAGAACAAGAAAGCUGCAAUGGGAGGGAGGGAGGAAGAGAGAGAGAGAGCAAGAGACAAGGACUAAGAUGUGCGUAGAUGAAGAGAGGGACAUUAAGAUGAUUAUAAUGAAUGUAGGGGGGAAGAGGUGGAAAAAUAGAGAUAUGUGGGCAAUAUUGAUAGUAUCAUCUAGUAAGGUUAUUAAAAUCUUCAUUUGAAGUUUAUAUAACUGCUGCUACCUUUUGGAAUGGACAUAAAACAUGGCAUUUUGGGUGGAGUUUUUUUUUGUGGUCCAUAAGAAAUAUUUUUCUAUCACUGGGAUUUAUUUUUUUGAAGAUGUGUAAUAAAUCGCUAUUAAUAAUUCUAUAAAUUAGGUUAAAUGGAGCCAGUAUGGAGUCCCAGGACACUACAUUAAAGUUUUACUAGAUUAAAUUAUAAUUAAAUGAGUGAAAAUAGAGCACAGGGAAGUUGGAGAGAAGUUCAGUGACCAAACUGGUACUCUAGUGGAUCUAACAAGCCUCAAGUGAAGGUGUGAAUGUGGAUGGAAGCAAAACGAAAAGGAAAUGUGUAAAGCCACAUGGACAGCUUAAGAUUUGUUUGUGCUUUCUGUCCUUUGAAUACAUCUUCCAAAAAUAUACAGUUCUCAGCCGUGGUGGGCACAGCUAGCCGAAAAGUUAAUUUCGAUAGCCGCUAAUCCAUUAACUUCGAAGUUUAAUUUGAUAACGCUAAACUGAUAAAUGGCUAAAAAAAAAUUAGCAGAAGCUCACGAUAAAAGUGAAUUGCUAGCUUUUAUUAUAUUAAUUUUGCUUCAGGUUGGUUUUGUGCUUUGUGCUUCUUAAAAUAUACCUAGAGAGCUGAAAUUCUAACCCGCUUAGCAAUGAAGUUCCGUAUGGCUGGAGUGAUUAGCUGGGGGUAUUUAGGAUUGGGGAUCGCUAGAUUCUGUAGAGUCUCCAAAAUAGAUUUUCUUUUUUCUAUAAGCAUUAUUGUUGGAGUCCUACUCCGUGACUGGCUCAUGCUGACAUUUUGCCCUCAAUGAAGCCACUUAGGGACUACAAACGUGGCACUGUUUAUGGAGAACUAGGAAGGAGGGUCUCAGCACUUUAUUGGCCUAUAGCUCUGUCAAUCAGAGGCUGGAAAAUAUAGGAUAAUAAUCAGGAGCUGAAUCAGGAUUUUGUAUGUAGCUGGACAACUUGUCCUAUUUAAGGUAGUCUGGGCUAAAUGUGGGGCACCUGAAAUCAAACAAGUUAUACGACUAAGAGGAAAUCCAGCUUUGUGAUACUGGUCCCAGUUCUCUGCUUAGUUCAGGGUGCCUGGUUCACUUACAUUUAGCUUCAACUACCUUAAGUCCAAUAAGUUAUAGACCAAUUAUAUCUUUUGCAUGUAGUCAGCCAACAUUGUGGCAGAUAGACUGUUGCAGACAUGCUGACAACAGAUUGGAACAAAUAUGUGUGAUUUUAGUGUACAUCUUUGACCAUUAAACUGUAUUUACUUUACCUUUGAAAAAAUGUUAAUGCUAAUUCACUAACAAAAAAGUUAGCUUCACUAAUUAGUUGUUAGUAAACUAGCAGAACCCUCCCCACUACUGGUUCUCAGUGUUAAUAUGCAAUCAUUUUAUUGAACUAAAUGCAUUUGUUAUUUUAAAAAAAUGUAUUUAAUGAUUCAUUCAGCUGAAUGUUUGAUAAGGCUUUAUAUUAGCUGCACCUUCAUAAGGCUUUUAUAAUGCAUUCACAAAACAUUCAUUGCCCCUUCAUAAUGCAUUUGUUAUGCAUUCAUAGAACAUUCAUAAGCAUCACGUAAGUGUAUGUGAACAUCCUAUCAUACACUAUAUGGACAAAAGUAUUAGGACACCUGGCCAUUACACCCACAGGAACUUUUAUGACAUUCCAUUCUAAAUCUAUAGGCAUCAGUAUGGAGUUGGU